AUGGCCGAGAACUCACUCAUCAAGAACGGCUCUCUGGGGUCUCGCUCUAGAGACGACCAUUGGUCUGAGAGGGCGCGGCCCAAAGGCGACGAGGGACAGCGGGUCGGGGCUUCCAGCGCCAGGCCGGGUCCCCCCGGCCUCCGGGUCCCCACGGCCUCCGGGUCCAGUCAGUCCCGGGUCCCCCCGGCCUCCGGGUCCCCCCGGCCUCCGGGUCCAGUCAGCGUCCCGGGUCCCCCCGGCCUCCGGGUCCAGUCAGCGUCCCGGGUCCCCCCGGCCUCCGGGUCCCCCCGGCCUCCGGGUCCAGUCAGCCUCCCGGGUCCCCCCGGCCUCCGGGUCCAGUCAGCCUCCCGGGUCCCCCCGGCCUCCGGGUCCAGUCAGCCUCCCGGGUCCCCCCGGCCUCCCGGUGUCCGUCAGUGUCCCGGAGUCCCGGUCCCGUCAGCGUCCGGGGGUCCCCGCCAGCUCACCGCUCGGAUCCGUCCAGCCCCGCACCUCCUGAAGAAAACUCCGCCUGUGUCGCCGCGAGCGCUCUCCGAGCGGCCACCUGCGCCCCCGCGCCACCCGCAGCCCUGGUGCCCAGGACCCGGUUCCGUGCGCGGUCCCCAGGCUUCAGUCCAGUUCCGACUCCCCGCAGGCAGCGGGAUCCCAGACAGGCUGUCCCGUCGGGUCACCGCGGCCGCCCGUCCCUCGGGUGGACGAGGGGGGAAGGAAGGACUGGAUUCAGCCAGUUACCCCGUUCCCUCUCAUUCGGUUCGGUUCGGUUCGGCCGAGCUCCGCAGGAGGCGACCUCCUGGAAGCUGGGCUCCUGCUCCGGGUGGAGGGGGAAACCCAGGUUCUUCCACCCCAGCUCCGUUCUGGCGGACAAGGCGCGAGGGUCCUCGGGAGAGUCCUGGUCCUCUCCAUCCUGAGGACAGCCCUUGGGCACCUGCUCGCCCCUGA